AUGCUGCAAAAGACUACCGUCUCACUGGCCCUCGGCCUUCUCACAGCCGUCCAAGCCUCCAACCCAGUCUUCGGUGCGUAUCAAACCGACUCAUGCGACGCCUGUCUUGACCAAACCUACGAAAGCUGUCCAGGCGACUACAAGACCCGAUCAUACGCAACAUGCAUGUGCGCAGGCGACGGCAGCGCAAACUUUGUAUCAUGCCUAUCCUCCUGCGACCCCAACAAGAACGAGCCAGCGAUUGCUAGUUCGACUUACUACGGGUACUGCGUGCUCUUCUUCAAAGAGCUAUGCGACGGUGCACAGGAGUUCUUGUCGGAGGAUAUUUAUAAUAAGCAGUGUUCAAAGGAGGCGAUUGAAGCGGGUGGGAUUGGUGCCAAGGAUGGUGAUGAUGACUCUGAAGAGAGUGAGCCGAGCAAGACGAAGGAUUCAUCUUCCAGGGAGACUGAUGAAUCAGGUGAGAGUGACGAGGCCAAGGCAAGAGAGACUACCAAGACAAGUGGCAGCGCUCAAUCGACAUCGACUUCUGGGGCUUUGGAUACCAUGGUGCCAGCUUGGGCUAUCGUAGCUGGAAUGGGGUUACAGUUAAUGAACGUAUGA